UUACCUUGCUCUUUGAAUUCUUUCUGAUUAUGGGAAACUGUAACGCAUGCGUAAGACCGGACGAGAGUCCGGAAAGUAAACCGAACCGGUCUGACCAGAAGGGGAAGGGAAAGAAAAAGGCCCGGGAAAGGAAACCGAACCCGUUCGCCGAGAGAGUUGCCUCGCCGGCUCCCAUCCGAGUAUUAAAAGACGUGAUCCCACUGAGUCACCGAACUCGAAUUUUCGAUAAGUACAUCCUCGGCCGCGAGCUGGGGCGAGGCGAGUUCGGGAUCACUUACCUCUGUACGGACAGGGAAACGCGGGAAGCCAUCGCGAGCAAGUCAAUCUCCAAGAAGAAACUCCGGACAGCAGUAGAUAUCGAAGACGUCCGCCGCGAGGUCGCCAUAAUGUCGACGUUGCCGGAACAUCCGAAUAUCGUGAAGCUGAAAGCGACAUACGAGGACAAUGAAAACGUUCAUUUGGUUAUGGAGCUUUGUGAAGGUGGUGAAUUAUUCGACAGGAUUGUAGCGAGAGGGCACUACACGGAACGCGCGGCGGCGAACGUGGCGAAGACGAUAGCGGAGUGUAUGUAUGUAUGUAUGUAUGUAUGUAUGUAUGUAUGUAUGUAUGUAUGUAUGUAUGUAUGUAUGUAUGUAUGUAUGUAUGUAUGUAUGUAUUCUGCUUGCUUAGCUUUGUGUUGCUUAUUUUCAGAGACUGAACAGGGUGUUGCUCUUGCGAUUUUGAGAGGGGUCAUUGAUUUUAAGAGGGAACCUUGGCCGCAAGUUUCAGAUAGCGCUAAGAGUCUUGUAAGGCAGAUGUUAGAACCGGAUCCUAAGAAACGAUUGACUGCUCAACAGGUGCUCGAACAUCCCUGGUUGCAAAAUACGAAGAAAGCUCCGAAUGUUCCAUUGGGAGAUAUUGUGAGAGCCAGGCUUAAACAGUUUUCCGUGAUGAAUAGAUUUAAAAAGAGGGCUUUAAGGGUAAUCGCAGAGCACUUAUCUGUAGAAGAGGUUGAAGUAAUCAAAGACAUGUUCACAUUGAUGGAUACAGAUAAUGAUGGGAAAGUUUCAUACGAGGAGCUGAAGGCCGGGCUUCGGAAGGUUGGUUCUCAAUUAGCUGAACCAGAGAUGAAGAUGUUAAUGGAAGUGGCUGAUGUUGAUGGAAAUGGAGUAUUGGACUACGGGGAGUUUGUAGCAGUGACAAUUCACUUGCAGAAGAUGGAAAAUGAUGAGCAUUUCCGCAGAGCAUUUAUGUUCUUUGACAAAGAUGGGAGUGGAUAUAUUGAACUGGAUGAGUUACGGGAUGCAUUAGCUGAUGAAUCUGGUGAAACUGAUGUUGAUGCACUGAACGACAUCAUGCGUGAAGUUGACACCGACAAAGAUGGGCGAAUCUCUUAUGAUGAAUUCGUUGCCAUGAUGAAAGCUGGCACCGAUUGGAGAAAGGCGUCAAGGCAGUAUUCAAGAGAGAGGUUCAAGAGCUUGAGUCUUAACUUGAUGAAAGACGGUUCCUUACAUCUCCACGAUGCAGUUACUGGCCAAGCUAUCGCUGUUUGAGGUCACAGGAGGAUC